AUGGCCUCCCAAAAAGAACAGUUCCGCGAAACGGGGGAAAUCUUCACCCCCGCGAGUAUGAUCUUCGGCGUCCCCCCGCCGCAGAUCAUUUCGGACUACUCGGUCGUUGAAGUCAACAACUACCACGCUUACAACCCCGAAAAGCCUGACAAGAAGGAGCCAACGCAGCACGGCGUGUUUGAUCCAAAACUAGGUCCAUUUGAAAAAGGUGCGAUGUGUCCCACUUGUGGAAAUGACCGGAUAGCUUGUCCGGGUCACUUUGGACACAUCAAACUCGCCUUGCCUAUCUUCCACACUGGCUAUCUACCUCAUACUUAUAAUCUCCUGCAAAUGAUCUGCAAGGGUUGUUCGAGAGUGUUGCUCGAUGACGACGUCGACGAGAAAGGAAAUGUCGUCAAGAACGCGAAUAAGAUCAACACCCGUGAAUAUUUUCGCAAAAAGCUGGACAAUGCAAAGAUGACCUACGACCAGAAAACAUCCUUGAAAAAAGUCAUCAUGGCUUUGGUGAAAAAAGUACCAAAGGCCUGCUUCCAUUGCUCCGAGUACAACGGACCAGUGAAAAAGGUCGGCUUUCACAAGUUUCUCCACGAGCGAUACAAGUUCAAAAACACUGGCGCAAAAACUAGCCGGAUCCAAGAUCACCCGAGCCAAACCGAGUUCAAAAAAGACAUGCAACUUGCACUAACCGACCCGGCAGCAUCAAAGGACCUAAAGGAAAGCAUGAAGAAAGUUGUUGGCCACACGAUCGAUGCUUGCAGAGCACAAGAGCUCUUCGAAAACAUCCCAAAAGAAGAUUACCCGCUGUUGUGUAUGGCUGUCGACUCAGUUCACCCAUCAGAUUUGAUACUGACGCAGAUUCCAGUAUCUCCAUCAGUUAUCAGGCCUUCGGUAACGUCUGAUAUCCGACAAGGAACGAACGAGGAUGAUCUGACAGCGAGUCUGAUGCAUAUUCUCAAGAUUAACUCUGGUCUUGAACGAGCAAUUCUUGAUGGAAAGGAUAUUGCAGGAAGAACGAGUCAUGUAGGCCCAUCCUGGGACGUACUUCAGUCUCUACAUGCCUUGAUGAUCAAUUCUGGCGUCAACUUGAACGCGUUUCCGUCGCAAUUCCGGAUCAAGGAUACGCCGCGCCAGUCUCUUGUCCAGCGACUCAAGGGAAAACAAGGACGAUUCCGCCAAAACCUUCAAGGCAAACGAGUGAACUUUACCGCUCGAUCCGUCAUUUCGCCAGAUCCAAACUUGCGCAUCGACCAAGUCGGCAUUCCUAUCGAUGUCGCAAAAAAGCUGACCUUUGCAGAGCAAGUUACACGGUACAAUAUUGCGCAGAUGAAAAAUCUUGUCAAAAAUGGCGGUGAAUAUCCUGGUGCGAAUGAAAUCCUGUAUAAAAAUGGAGAAAAAUGUAAUCUUACGUUCUUACGCGAAAAAAGAAGAAGGGAUGAAAAAUCUAAAGAGCUCCGAAUCGGUGAUACCGUCCACAGACAUUUGCAUGAUGGGGAUAUUGUUCUCUUCAACCGUCAACCUUCCCUUCAUCGCCAGUCGAUGAUGAGUCACCAAGUCAAAGUUAUGCCUUGGAAGACCUUUCGAUUCAACGAAUGUGUCUGUGCUCCUUACAAUGCUGAUUUCGAUGGCGAUGAAAUGAACGUCCAUCUCCCUCAAACGAACGAAGCUCGAUCGGAGGCGAUGGUUCUUAUGGGCGUAAAGUCUAAUACGCUGACUUGUAGGUCUGGAGAGCCCCUCGUCGCUUCUAUUCAGGAUUUCAUCACUUCGAUGUACUUGCUAACUCAGAAAGAUGUCUUUUUCACCCACUCAGAGUUUUUACGGCUCAUCACAACAGUCACCGCGAGAAACAAGGGUCGACUUCGCAUCCCACAGCCCUGCAUUUUGAAGCCGACCCCUCUUUGGUCCGGAAAGCAAGUGUUUUCCUGUCUUCUUCGUCCAAAUCGCAACUCGAAUGAGUUGAUCAACCUGAGCUCGAAGGCAAAAAGAUUUGAAGCUCCAGCGAAGAACGCUUCUGGAAAAUGGGAGUGGCGAGGACGAGAGUGUGUUGGUUAUUCAAAAGGCUCGCCUGAGAUGAUUUGCAAUGAUUCGUGGGUGUUGAUCCGUAAUUCUGAGCUCGUGGCUGGUACGAUGGACAAAAACUCGCUUGGCUCGGGCUCGAAGAAACAGGUCUUUUACAUGUUGACACGAGAUUACGGAGAAGAAGCAGCUGCACAGGCAAUGUGGCGCAUGUGCAGAAUCGGCCCUAGAUACUUGAGUAACAGAGGCUUUUCUAUUGGUAUUGGUGAUGUCUGGGCGUCGGAGAAUUUGUUGAAGAAGAAAAUGAGGGUCAUUGACGAGCAAUAUAGAAAAGUUGACGAGCAUAUUCUUGCCAAGAAACAUAAUAAAUUGAAACUACAACCUGGGUGUACAGCAGAUGAAACACUAGAAAACGUGGUCCAAAAAGAGCUCUCGAAAAUUCGAGACGACGCAGCUAAAGCAUGUUUUGCCGAGCUGUCAAAGUUCAAUACGCCUCUCAACAUGGCACUCUGUGGUUCCAAAGGUUCAAACAUUAAUAUUGCCCAAAUGGUUGCCUGCGUCGGUCAGCAGGUCCUGUCUGGUAGUCGAAUUCCAAACGGUUUUGAAGCGCGUUCCUUGCCUCAUUUUGAAAGAGACUCGAAGAAUCCGAAAUCACGUGGCUUCGUCCAGAACUCUUUCUUUUCUGGACUGACUCCGACUGAGUUUUUCUUCCAUACAAUGGGUGGAAGAGAAGGUCUCGUCGAUACGGCUGUUAAAACUGCUUCAACGGGUUAUAUGCAGCGUCGAUUAGUCAAGGCUUUGGAAGGUUUGUGUGUCCAGUAUGACGGAACAGUAAGAAACACUGACGAUCGAGUGAUCCAGUUUACCUACGGAGAAGAUCAGCUCGACCCUCAAGAGAUGGAGGGAGACUCUCGUCCGGUCGAUUUUGAUCGAGUUUGGACAGAUUCGAUCUGCCGAUUCGGUCGGAAGCAUGACCGAACUAUCUGUAGCGAUGAAAUUAGAGAUGUGGUGAGAGAAGCUGUCGAGAAAGUCAAGCAAGAUAAACGAUUCAAAUAUAAUGACGAAGGAUUUGGAGUCGGCUUUAGAAACUUUUUGGACAAAACAACUAUCGAAUUUGCUGAUAAACAAGCUGACAUUGUCAAGCGCCAUUGGGAGAGCUACGGAGUUUAUGCGAAAUCUGAUGAUGAAAGAGCGAACUAUCAGGCCAUGCGAACAACAGCUAAACAAGUCGAACUCUUCGUCGAGCGAUGCGCGCUGAAGUAUUUCAAAGCCCGAAUGGAGCCAGGAACUUGUGUUGGUGCAAUUUGUGCCACUUCCAUCGGUGAACCAGCUACUCAAAUGACGCUGAAGACUUUCCAUUUCGCCGGUGUUGCUUCUAUGAAUAUCACGCAAGGUGUUCCGCGAAUUGAGCAGAUUAUCAACAAUACGCAAAAGAUCAAGACACCCAUCAUUAUGGCUAAAUUAACAACUGAAGACUCGAAAGAAUUCGCACAAGAAGUAGCUUCAAAGAUUGAAAAGACAACAUUAGGAGAAAUUUGUGAGUACAUUCAAGAAGUGCACAACGCGGACGAGUCAUUUUUGCUCCUCAAAUUGGACACGAAGCGAGUUAGAUUGCUGAAAAUGCGCGUGACCGUCGAAUCUAUCAAGCAUUCGAUCGCUAUUUCAUCCUUGAAGCUGAAACUCGGGCAGAUUAUUGCUCACGGAGAGUCGAUUUUGACAAUUCAUUCUUCUUUUAACGAUGACGCAGAAUGGCAAAUGAGCCUGCCGAAUCUGAAGGACUCAAUUUGUGCAGUUCUUGUUCAAGGACUGAAAGAAAUCAACCGUGCUGUUAUCAGUCAUCAAGACAAAAAAGAAGGAUUUUUCGAAAUGAUUAUUGAUGGAAACGAUUUGGGAGGCGUUUUGGCCACAAGAGGAAUCGACUGGAAAGAACGUCUUCGAAUCACAUUCCGAAGCACGAUUAUAAACGAGAUGGAAAAUACGAUGGGGCACCACGGAAUCCACGUUGAUAGGCGUCACUUGAUGAUGUUGGCUGAUUACAUGACUUACACUGGUCCAGUAUUUGGUUGUACAAGAAUUGGAUUGGCGAACGUUUCGAACUCGCCGCUUCACUUGUCCUCUUUCGAAAAAACAUCGGACAUUCUUUACAACGCGGCCUACUACGGACAGAGGGACUCCCUCGCUGGACCUAGUGCUGCUUUGAUUCUUGGGGUCCCAAUCGAACUCGGAACUGGUCUUUUCAAGCUGUAUCAAGAAACGAAGUUGGAUAAAGAAAAAGUUAAGAAGAAGGAAACACUUUUUGAUCACUUUACUCAAAAUAAUGUUGGAGUGACUGUUGGGACGUGA